GGUCAAGCUGUGUUACUACGCCGGUUACGUAAGACUAGCAGCUUGGACWUUUGCAAGACUCGAAGGCUGAAAUMUCYAGAAAUACCACAAGAUGGCAGACUUAUAUUCAAACAAGAACUUCCCUCCGUUAAAAAAUGAUGCAGUUUUACGUGCUGCACGUGGAGAACCAGUAGAACGUGUACCGGUAUGGGUAAUGCGACAAGCGGGCCGGUACUUGCCAGAGUUUCGUGAAGUCAAGGAAAAGAACAAUGCUGAUUUCUUCAAAAUGGUCCAGACACCAGAAAUUUGCUGUGAACUGACAUUGCAGCCUAUCAAAAAGUUUGAUUUUGAUGCUGCUAUCAUCUUCUCAGAUAUCCUUGUCAUUCCCCAGGUAGUUGGUAUGACUGUGGAAAUGCUUCCAGGAAAGGGCCCUCAUUUCCCAGAACCACUUGUUGAGCCAAAUGAUUUAAAGAAGUUGAAAGAGAAUAUCAACAUUGAACAAGACCUUUCCUAUGUCUUCAAGGCAAUAACUCUUACAAGACACAAACUAGAAGGAAAAGUACCUUUGUUUGGGUUUACUGGUGCCCCUUGGACUCUGAUGUCUUACAUGAUUGAAGGUGGUGGAAGUACAAACUUCACCAAGGCAAGAAGAUGGUUGUAUGAACACAUGGAAGCAAGUAGUACUCUGUUGCAAAAGUUAACUGAUGCUAUUGUGGAGUAUCUGGUAUUACAAGUCAAGGCUGGGGCUCAGAUUUUACAGGUUUUUGAAUCUCAUGCAGGAAUACUUGGCUAUGACACAUUCAUGUUGUACUCCUUUCCAUAUUUAAAACAAAUAGCUGAGAGAGUCAAAGAAAAACUUGGUCCAGAUGCUGUUCCYAUGACUGUAUUUGCUAGAGGUGGCCACUAUGCAGUAAAGGAAUUAUCUAAUUGUGGUUAUGAUGUGAUUAGCCUUGAUUGGACAAUGUCACCAGAAGAUGCAAGGAUUCUUGCUCCAACAACCACUCUUCAAGGCAACAUGGAUCCAGCAGCUUUGUAUGCAAGCCAUGUAAGUGAAUCAACAGAUCGCAAUUAGGGUGUCGCAGUUACU